AUGGUCUAUUGUGGCAAACCAAGCAAAGGCUGCGGGCAAUGCCGAUCCCGCAAGAUCCGCUGCGACCAGGCCCGCCCGGCAUGCUCGCAGUGCGUGAGAGCCAAGCGGGAAUGCCCCGGUUAUCGGGAUCAGUUAUCGCUCAUGUUUCGCGAUGAAAGCAAGUCGGUAAUACGAAAAGCGAAGGCGGAAGGGAAGGAGACAAAGAGGACCAGUCCACCUGCAUCGUCUAGCGUCGCCCCUCGAUCAAAACAGUCAUCAGAGCGAGCUCAUCGCAAAGCUUCCCCAGAAGGGAACUCGGCGCCCACGCUUGCCUUGGAGGUGGGGCCCGAUGUCCCGUUCGAUUUCGACAAUGAUCCACACUUUCAGUAUGCGCUGUCGAGAAUAUCAAGUCUAGAUAGCGUGCCAAUGGAAGUACAGCCAGCAGGAAUGACACAGGAAGAUGCGAUUUGUUAUUUCAUGCAGAGCAAUUCGUUUCCGGGCGCGUUUUGGAUGUCGGAUUACAUGGCCAAUUUCUUGAAACAAUCCGCCGGCGGACCUGCGAGUGUCCGAGCACUCCGAGCAAGCAUGGGCGCUGUUGCAUCCGCCAUGCUAUGUCGGGUAAGAAGAGAGGUCUCACUGAAAGAAGUCGCUCGCAAGUCAUAUGGUUCUGCACUUGAACUUUUAAACUCCGCCUUGGCCAAUCCAGAAGAAGCAAAGUCUAACCAAGCGUUGGGGGCCGUCGUGCUUCUUGCUAUAUACGAGAUUGUUGUUUCGCGAGCCCCGCAGGAUAUUGCUCUUUGGACUAACCAUAUAUCUGGUGCUACUGCCCUGCUUGAACUGCGAGGCCCUGAUCAACUAAAGAACGAAGCCGGUCUUCGUCUGUUCCUGCACUUGCGCUAUCAAAUUAUCAUCAGCUGUAUGCAGCGAGACGCCCGCGCUCAUGGAAACCGAUUGAUUAUGAUCAUCGGUCGCAUCUCUAACCUCAGAGCCGACAUUAUCUCCGGUGCACUCAACGAUGAUCAGGAGAUUAUUUCGCAAGCCUCGGCGAUCGAGGCUUCAUUAAUAGCCUGGCUCGCAGCCUUACCACCCGUAUUCACCUACGAAACUCACACGAGAUCUCGCUUCGAUUAUGGAUUCGACAAUCGCUGUCGUGGAAUGACUACUCUUGAUGAUCAGUAUCAUGUAUACCCAACACUGUGGUCCUUCAACACAUGGAGUCAGUAUCGAUGUGCACGUAUCAUCAUCAGUGAAAUUCUCUUAACACAUAUCCGACAAAUGUCCGACGCAUCUUCGAUGAGGUCGUUAUCCGAGGAAUUUCGACAGCAUUGCAAAACACUUCGAUCAAACAUUAGUCGCCUUGCCCUUGACAUCUGCCGCAGUGUACCAUAUGCUUUAGGCGCCCAUCGCCCCGAGUAUGACUCCACUAUGCCAGCACCUGAUAGCUACAUUGGUGGCCUUGUGUUACUGUGGCCGUUGUAUAUUGCCGGAACUGCGGAGAAUUCCUACCACCCACUGCGCCGGUGGGUAGUGCAAUGCUUACGUUGGGUUGGUUAUACCUAUGGACUGGAUCAGGCCUUAGCGCUCAUGGAUAUUGUCGCUGCUGACCCAGGUAUUCUGCACGGAGGUACCGAUGCGGAAAUAGAGCAGAGCCGCAUUACUGAUGAACCCGUAUCAGGCGUUUCUAGUUCACGAGCUGCUGUGGCAAUUGCCAAUUCUACCAGCGCUUUCAAUAACAUGUCCCCUGCUGCAAGAAUUGAGAGCAUUUGA